AUGUUCUUUAACUACUGUGUGUCUCAGGGAGGAAACCUUGCUUCUGUCCACAGCGCGGCUCAGCACAGCUGGCUGAAGAGUUACAUCCACAGCAGGACCAAUGGAUACCCUGUGACUUGGAUCGGAGGUUCUGACAGCCAACAGGAGCAGUACUGGUUCUGGAGUGACGGCUCUCGCUUCAGUUUUAAGAAGUUCUGCUCAGGAACUCCGAGGACCAACACCGGUCUGAACUGUCUGGUGAUGAACGUCUCAGACUGCAGGUGCUGGUACGACUAUCCCUGCAACUAUGGCUUACCAUUUGUCUGCGUCAGGAAGUGA